UCUUCCAGCUCUCCCCCCCCCCCUGCCAUCUACCCAGUUGGCUGGAACAGCAGCUUUUUCUAGUCCUGAUCUCUUUCAGCUGCUGUUUGUGAAAGAGUUACAACUGAAAGUCCCAUUGAUGUGGUAGGAUGAAUUAUCAACUCAAUGUAGAGCUGAGAGGAGAGUUGAAUCAAUGGGAUGGCAGGGAAUCUUAACACUUCAGGAUGGGGAAAUAUUUAGUUGUGCAAAUUCUGCUAAUGCAGAAGACUACUGCUGCUUGGCUGAUAAGUAGGACAGCCUGAUGAAACCAUGUAUCACCAGUCCCGAUAGUUCUGCAUUGGCUGGAACUGUCGUACUAAGCCCAAUUCAAGGUGUUCAGCUUAUAAAACUAGCCCUAAAUGGCUUUUGACCCAAGUACCUGAAAGUGACUCCACCAAUUAUCAGUCAUCUUGGGUUCUACAAUUAAUUGGCAGGGAAGGUUGUCAGUGCCUCCACCUCUGUCUGCUGCCCAGUUGGCAUUGACGGAUGACAAGGCUUUCUUGGCUGUGAUUCCCUCCUUGGUGAGGUGUGCCUGUUUUCCUCAUUGCUAGUUUUCAGGAAGAAUUUAAAAAAACAUUCCUGUUUGCCCAGACAUUUGAUGGCUGAUACUGCCCAUGACAACCAUGGAAGUCAUAACUGUGGGGGUAUGUGAUUGCUUCUAAAUGCUUUUAGCUGGUUUGUCCUCUAUUUGAAGGACAUUCUGAUUUGAAGGUACCCUCUCUUUGAAGGUCAAAAAUGAGUCGAAAUCUGGUUUAAAUAUUUAAAAGCUCUAUCUAAGUACAGUGGUACCUCGGGUUAAGAACUUAAUUCGUUCUGGAGGUCCGUUCUUAACCUGAAACUGUUCUUCACCUGAAGCACCACUUUAGCUAAUGGGGCUCCUGCUGCUGCUGUGCCGCUGGAGCACAAUUUCUGUUCUCAUCCUGAAGCAAAGUUCUUAACUUGAGGUACUAUUUCUGGGUUGGCAGAGUCUGUAACCUGAAGCGUCUGUAACCUGGAGCGUAUGUAACCCGAGGUACCACUAUAUAUGACUUUCCUCCUCUGUAGUUUUUAAGAUAGAGUCAGCCAGCUCACGGUCCACAGAACGCAUGGAAACAUAAGAACCAUCUGGCUGGAUCUACCACUGUAGAGCCUGGGGUCCCUUGAUGUUGCCUAUGGUCCAAAGCUAGCAUCCCGACAAGAGACUGAGCAGCCACACCUGGGCAGACUCACCUGGGCACAGCCUUCUCCAUUAGAGUGAAAUGUGUUGUAUUUCUAUUUAAAUUUUCAUGAUUAUUAAAUACAUAUAAAUUAGAAUAUGCAUUUUUUUUUGCAAAUCUAUUCCAUUUUUGUUGAUGCACUUCCUCUUUGGGCGCGACAUAAACGGCCAACCUAAUGUGCAUAUUCUAUCACAAUUUACUGUAUGUGUAUAUAAAGGGUAUGCAUAUAUACAUAUGUGCGUACACACAUAUAUACACACGCACUUCCAAGGCCUACUGAAUCCUUUUUUUUUAUCCCACUUUAACUGAAGUAAGAUUUUGCCGUUUUGAUUUUUGUUCUUUGUACCUUUGCAAACCGCUUACAGCCGAUUGUAGGGGCAUGCCAAAUGUUCAAAUAUACAGAUAUACUUGUGGAAGAUAUAUCUAUAUGCACACGUGCACGUGCACACUGGUCUCUUACGAAUCGGCUUGCUUGCCAGUGAUUCCUGGUUUAGGCGGGAACUUAACGAUGGAAUCCUCCUUUGCUAAAUACAGUAAUUUCCUUCAAACGCGUGAGGCGUUUCACCAGCUUCCGUUGGCUUUCAAAAAGUACCGUAUAUUAACCGUGCCCUGCCCUGCGGUCUCAGAAACUGCCGUUAAAAAUAAAUUUACCAUUUCUACGCACGCGCGCGUACGUUUAUAUAUAAAAAAGGUUACGCAUAUCCCUCCCUCUAUAUAUACAUUUUUUCCCCUCACAGAAAAGCACCUUGCUAGAAUAUCGACUGGGGGUGUGUGAGUAUAUUUUAUCGGUUGCCUCGAGGCGGCGGGAAGGAAGCGCCCGUGGACGAGGGCGAAAGAAAGGGAGCUUGGCGCUUGCUCGGCCCGGCAGGGACAGGAGCCAGGCUGAGGCGGCGAGGCGGGCACGAGGACCGCCCGCUCCCCUUCGCCGGGCGCUGCUGCUGCUUCUUUGUAGGCCCUGACCGGAGAGGCGGGCCCGGCCUCCUCAGGGCGCGGCGGCUCAUCCGCGCGAGGAGCGACGCCGGCGGGAGAGAGAAUGAGGCGGGAGGGCCGCUGCGGCGCUCGAGCCGGGCUGAGGUAGGAGGGCCGGGAAGGGAAGUCGUAGGGCCGCUUGCUGGCCUCCGGAGGCCUCAACCUCGGUGGAGGAAAGAAAGCGAGGCCUUCUCCUAACUCCCACCCCAUCGGGUCAGUUCUAGUAUGGGGUGGCAGACAAGAAAGGGGCUCUCGGGACUUGGAGCACAGAUUCAACAGGGGCAGUUCUCCCGAAUAUCGCACCCACCCAACUGCGUUUGUGGGAAAGCGAGCAGGCGGAGAUUCAACAGGGCAGCGUGGUUUCUCUCUCUCUCUUUCAACCCCCCCCCCCAAAUAUUUCACUCUGAACAUCGGAUGGGAACGGGAUGCUCAUCAUAUGCUGCAGCUUGUCCUAUCUCGCCCGCCCCUGUUGAGCCCCGAUUUUGUUGCCCUUUUAAACAUUUUAGGUCGUUUAACUUUUCAGAUGUCGGCUCUUAACCUUCCUCAGCUUAAAUCUCUCUGCUCCUUUGUCACCACAUUUUUAGGUUCCUGGUCUUCAACCUUUUCGGAUCCAGGACACCCCCCACCCCACCCCACCCCCUUUAACCCGAACGUGCAUUUGGCCACGGGGACCCAUUUGGUAAUCUUUUGCCAUAUGUUAGCAUGGUGGAAGUGCUCCUGCUUGCGACCCACCUUGGAUCAGGCCGUGAUCCACUCGUGGGUCCCGACCCACCUGUUGAAGACUAGGGAUUUAGGUGAAUGUGUCACCAGAGCUUUGUGUAGUGUGCAGCCUGCCCCCCACCAACUGCACAGGAUACUUUAACCUGUGAUGGCUUAUUAUCAGAAAAGUAUGGCUGCAUUUGUUUAUUUUAUUUUAUUUUAGUUUACUAUACUUUAUUACUAUCCAGCAAAACAAAUACAGCCUUGGCAUGUGGAUCAGCGAAGGGAGAGGCUUACUGCAGAGUGAAUGGACACAACAGAUGGACAGUAUAAUUUGCUGGGGCAACUCAGCCAGUAACUUUUGAUAUGAGAAGUUUGCCAUGCUAGGACUUAACCUUUAAAGCCCUCAACAGGGCUUGGCAUGCAAAUACCUAAAGGAGUGCCUCUUUCCAGAUUCCUUUCCUCAAACUUAAGGUGUUGUUAAGCGUCUCCUGAUGUCGUGGUGGUGCAUUUUUGAAAGAGUGGAAGGAGCAACUGGUGAUAGUAGUUUGGGGACAGAGAGGGAGAUACUGAAAUGAUUGCAAGCAGAAAAGAGGGGGUGCAAGUAGAAUGGAUGAGCCAGGCCCAGUGUUAGAAACAGAUAUAAAAACUAUUUGCCGUAUGGCCCCGUAAACCUAGGUUACAGGUGCACUAACAGAAUGUUUAGGCGCUUUUUAAAAAACAGGAUUACAACGCCGAAAAUGAAUUGUGUGUAUUGUCGGCUCCAGCUAAAAUCUGACUCACACCAUAGCAAGCAUGGGAGGGGUGGUACUGUUUUUGUUUGUUACUAUAUAUUUUUUGUGUUUUUAUGUUGUAAUUGUCCUGUGAUCCUCAGGUAAAGGACAGUAUAGAAAUUUAAUAAAUAGUAAUAGGUAUUGUUUGAUUUGUGUACAUGCAGGACAGAAUUUGAGUGUGAUGUGUUAUUUGAGUCAGUGUUGUAAUGUGUGAGACUGUGUACAUGCCAUACAUUUAAAGCACAUGUCGUCUCCCCCAAUAAUCCUGGAAGGUGUAGUUUGUUAAGGGUGCUGAGAAUUGUAGUUCUGUGAUGGGUAAACUGCAGUUCCUGGGGGAAGUCAUAUGCUUUAAAUGUGCCUUACAUGUAUCAUGUGUAUUCAGCCUGAGUCAGGGUGUGGUUUGGCAAGAAGGAGGCUGAAGAGAGAUAGUUUAAGUUCUUUUGAAAACUAUGCUACUAUAAUUUCACAUUGGGGGAUGUUAUUUUUUAAAAUUGCGUUGUUCCAUUUGUUUGUUAUAUAUGCAUAUUGUGUUUUGUAAACUGCUUAGAGACUGCCUUGGGGUUAAGUUGCAUUUAAAUACAGUGGUACCUUGGUUUACGAACUUAAUCUGUUCCAGAAGUCCAUUCUUAAACCAAAGUCAUUCUUAAACCGAGGCGCGCUUUCCCUAAUGAGGCUUCCCGCCACUGGUGCCCUUCCACCGUUCGGCUUCCCUUCUUAGACCGAGGAAAAGUUCGCUAACCGGAACACUACUUCUGGUUUUGCAGAGUUCGCAUACCGAAUAGUUCAUAAACAGGGCUGUUCUUAAACCAAGGUACCACUGUAUAUGUAAUAAAUAAGAUAUUUUGUUGAGGCUCUUCUUCAGGUGCCUUCCCUAGUGGGAGGUACAUCAUAGAGUUACAAAGAAAAUGACCUUUUCAGUGCUGGAGCCAGAAGUAUGAUUGGUGCCAAAAUGAGACUUACUUCUGAUUAAACAUAUUGUACAUUAUUACUACUCUUACUAUGCUAAGGGUGGAUUUCCCGUGCCUCUCCAUUCUCUCCUCCUCCCUUUUGCUUUGUUUGGUCAAUCUGGAAGAUGACACACUGAAAACUCCUGCAUGACAGCCCUUCAUACAAGUAAAACAAGAUUGUUUGUUGAUCACAAAUUAUUGUUCCAUGGAUGGUAUAUGUCUAUAGGUGUAUUUAUUACCAAAUAAAUGUAGAAUCAUUAUGAAUUAAGGGGGCCAGCUUUAUUUUAAGCCAUAUGCGCCUCUUAUUCCAAGGUUUAGUUUAAAUACAGUAUUUGCAGAUUAAAACCUACCUUUAUAGUUAGGAGUUUUUUAGUGUAUAACUAUUUACUUGAAUAAAUAGUUAUUUGAAGGGACAUGGGUGGCGCUGUCUAAACCACAGAGCCUUGGGCUUGCCGAUCGGCAGUUUGAAUCCGUGCAACAGGGUGAGCUCCUGUUGUUCGGUCCCUGCUCCUGCCAACCUAGCAGUUUGAAAGCAAGUAGAUAAAUAGGACCACUCCGGCGGGAAGGUAAAUGGCGUUUCCAUGUGCUGUUCUGGUUCGCCAGAAGCAGCUUAGUCAUGCUGGCCACAUGACCCAGAAGCUGUCUGCGGACAAAACGCCCGCUCCCUCGGCCAGUAAAGCGAGAUGAGCAUCGCAACCCCAGAGUCGUCCGCGACUGGACUUAACAGUCAGGGGUCUCUUUACCUUUACAUUUAUAUAUUUGAAAUUCCAAACAAUGCAGCAACAACAAAUAGUCAACAAUACCCAGUGUACUUCCACUUUAAGCUCAAAAUACCCAGUGUACUUUCCACUUUAAGCUCAAAAUAUGUGCACACAUAAGUUUAACCCAAGAUGUUCCACAACCUUUGUAAUGUUUCCAUUGGCCUGCCUAUCAGAAAAUGUUUCUGAGUGCUAGCAAAUAUUAGGCACUUGGUAUGAAAAUAGUAUAAUUAGAAAAAUAAUUCAUGUCCUCUCUUUCUUUCUUAAGAUUUGGUGCUUAAAAAUGCACUGAUUUCUUAUUAGCACGAUUCAAUAUUUGACCUAAAAGCGGCAUCAUGUCUAAAGAGAUGAAAGAACUCCAGAAAGGGUGGCACUCAGUCAUGGAAACCGUUCAUAGCAACCCACAUGUGAGUUAUGAAUUUUGUCAUUCUAUUAUGAUACUUUUUCUUGUCUUUGGGGGUUGUCUCAAUUACAAUUGCACUGCAGAUUUUUAAAAAGUGAUUUUGAGCCAGUUGGUAUAGUGGCUAGAGUGUUGGAUAAGUACACGGAUUGGGAACCUCUGGCCUGUGGGCCAAACUUGGCUCACCAAGUCUUGCCAUUUGGCCCGUGAAACUAUUUUGGGAAAGCCACGCCGACCCCGCCCAAGGAUUCCAGUAGUACAGAUAUCAUAAUGGGGUUGGGUUGGGCAACAGCACCGUGAGAACUAAGCAUGCGUGGGAUGCUGAUAAUUUGUUGAAGAAAAGGAAGCCAAAAACUCUGUGGAGGCAAAGUGGAAUGGAAUAUUGUUGUGGAGGGUAUCCUGGUAUACAUGGUACAGAAGACAACAGAAAGGGCUCUCCACCAGCUUUUAGUCUGAUAAUAUUAUUUUUGCCUGUGUUCUGUAGCUCAGAAGCCUCCACUAGCCUUUGCUCUUAAGAAACAUUGCGACUUCAAUUCUCCUAUAUAAACAAGGUUUCACCUUCACAAAAUCAGUCAAGAACCUUGUUCUAAAUGGAUUUGCCACAUAAUACCUUCUUUUUAAUGGGUUCCCCACCUCUUUGUGCUUGAUGCAAGAUGCAGGUUCUGGGGGUGACCAGUGUCAUACUUAAUAGGAUAGGCCUAAUGCAUUAUUAAAACCUGCUGCUGCUGUAGAGUGAGAACGCUGACCUCUGAACUACUCCUCUUUCCUGUUUUCACCUUCAGAAGAAACCUGCAAAUUAAAUUUCCAGUUCGUUUUAGCUCCUGUAUUUGCACAACCCUCACCAACUUUUUACAAAAAACAAAACACAGAACAAUAGCCACCUUUCUGCACUGACACACAUCAAAGGAGAAUGUCUUCAGUUGCAUACAGGAUAGAACUUGUCAAGCUUUCAGCUGUUAAAUAAGGCAUGUAGGAAAAGCAUUUUACACCAGCCUACCUUAAUUUGUUGGCUUCCACAUGUUUUGAACUACAAUUCCCAUCAGCCCCAUCUAGCAUUACUGAGUUAGCUGGGAAUUUGGGGAGGGCACCAGAUUGGGGAAGGCUGUUCUAUACAGACUACCGUAUUUUUCAAUGUAUAAGAUGCCCCCAUAUAUAAGACGCCCCUUAUUUUGGGGGACUCUAAAUUAAGAAAACACCCCUCAGCACUACCCAUGUAUAAGAUGAGCCCCAAUUUUAAACCUAAUUUUUUGGUUAAAAAAAACCCCUAGUCUUAUACACAGAAAAAUAUGGUAAUAUUCAUAGCAUGAGAAGAUUUGUCUAAUAAUAUUGCUAAGUAAGUGAUUUCUUCUUGAAGUAACUUCACCAUAGCUGUCAACGUUUCCCUUUUUUAAAGGGAAAUUCCCUUAUUCCGAAUAGGAUUCCUCGGAAGGAAAGGGAAAAGUUGACAGCUAUGAACUUUACUUCCCAGAAUUGUUUGUUUGUUAAUUUGCUUAGGAUAUUUAAAUCUUUAUUCUUUUUCGCUUUAUGUUGCAGGUUGUUGCUUUUAUGAACUCUCGAGUUGGCCAGUACUUAGAUGACCAUCCUUUCGUUGCCCUGUCAAUGUUGGUCUUCAUUGCAGCGUCUGCAAUUCCAGUUGCAUUCUUUCUGGUUUUUGUUGUUGCCACAACUGUAAUUGCCUGCAUUGGAGUGAUUGUCAUGGAAGGUAUUCUGUUUUGUUUUGUUUUUAUGCUGUACGCUGGUGGAAUUCCACCCAGGGACUGGUUAUGGCUCAGUGUUAGACCACAUGCUUUGCAUGCAGAAAGUGUGUUUCAGUCUUCAGGUAGGGCUGAAAAUGUCCCCGUCUGAAACUCUGGGUGGCUACUGCAAUGACAGAUGAUGAUGAUGAUGAUAAUUUAUAUCCUGCCCAUCUGGCUGGGUUUCCCCAGCCACUCUGGGCUGCUCCCAACCAAAUAUUAAAAACACAAUACAGCGUUAAACAUUAAAGACUUCCCUAAACAUAUAAUUGCAGAGUUGGAAGGGACCCCAAGUCAUCUAGUCCAACCCUGUGUAACACAGGAAUCACACAGCUAAAGAAUCCCUGGCAGAUAGCUAUCCAACCCCUUGUUUAAAAACCUCCCAUGAAGGAGAUUCCACCACCUUCCAGAGGAUUCUGUUCCACUGUGAAACAUACUUCAACAUACCUGCAUAUCACUGAUGAUUUGUGUUUUGGGAAAUCCCUUCCCACAUGAAAUGUAUAUAUCUUGGAAGUGCUGACUUGAACACUGUGCCAUGUUUAAAAUCUUCUUACUGAAGCGCAGAAUCUUAUAUCUGGGAAGAUAAUUAUAUUGCCAAGAUGUUUCUGGAACCUUGGCUUAUUCUUAUCCUCAGAGGUAAGUGUUUCUACAGUGGUACCUCGGGUUGAGUACUUAAUUUGUUCUGGAGGUCCGUUCUUAACCUGAAACUGCUCUUAACCUGAAGCACCACUUUAGCUAACGGGGCCUCCUGCUGCUGCCGCUCCGCCGGAUCACGAUUUCUGUUCUCAUCCUGAAGCAAAGUUCUUAACCCGAGGUACUAUUUCUGGGUUAGCAGAGUCUGUAACCUGAAGCGUCUGUAACCUGGAGCGUAUGUAACCCGAGGUACCAUUGUAUAUGACUUUCCUCCUCUGUAGUUUUUAAGAUAGGGUCAGCCAGCUCACGGUCCACAGAACGCAUGGAAACAUAAGAACCAUCUGGCUGGAUCAGACCUUGUAGCCAUCUGGUCCACCACUCUGUUCUCACCGUGACCAACUGGGCACCCAUGGGAAGCCUGCAAGCUGAACCUGAAUGCAACAGCACGCUCCCCACCUGCAAUUCACAGAAUCUGGUAUUCAGAGGCAUACUGUCUCCAGCAGUGGGGGUAGAACAUAGCCAUUGUGGCUUGUAGCAUUUUCUGUGUCAGGUUAGGUGAACAAGGUACCAAAAACAGGUUCUUCUGUAGCUGGGUACACAUGGUACUGGCAAACUUCCCUCCCAUAAGGAUAUGUGAGGACAGCAACGUACCUGUGCUACAUAAGAAGUGGAGCUACAUGUACUGGCUUUUUAAAUCCCCCCCCCCCAUUCAGAGAUAAUAAAUUACCUCCUUCCCGAAUGAAAGGUGCACCUGGUAGUCAAGACAUAGGACCUCUGAUACUGCUUUAGACCUGGCAAGAGGCCCCUCUCCAGCAGUCAGAAGAGAAGUCAUCCCAGUUUACUAGAUGAGCAGUUGGGCAUUAUGUUAUGGGCUACUCUUGUAGAACAUGUGGAACUGAUACCUCCACAUAUAAACAUAGAUAUAAAUAUAUGUGAUGGACAUGUGUGGAGGUAUCAGUGUUCUGGGAUCAAACUUUCAAUGAAAUGGAUAAAAUUACUCAACAAUCUUCUUAAUAAAGACCCCAGAGCUUGCUCUACAAAAUUUAGUUUCAGAUGAUAAUGUGAACUUGAGAGAUAACCCCCGAUAGGAUACUUAACCUGAUAACUGCACAUAUGACUACUUCCACUUUUUAGAAGGAUCUUAAAGGAGUUAAUUUAACAGCUUUGUGCAAAAGGAUUUGGCAGAUAGCCCUAAUAGAGAAACGUACAUGUAAACUGAGAAUCAGCUAAAGGAAAUAAACAUAGAAACUUGUUUGUGAAGGACUGGUGAAGCUUUAUCAUAUAUUAGAAAUAUAUUUUACAAUAAAAGGAAAAUCCCUCUGUAUUUGUUUUCUCUUUUUCUGAUUUUUGUUUUCUCUUUUUCUGAAUUUAAAUACUGUAACUCUGCAUUAUGGGAAAAUUGUAUGCACAUAGAAGCCUACUGGAAUUUUUGUUUAUGAUUUUGUUCAGUUAGUUGCGGUCUUGAUUUUGUAAUAGUCUUAAAUUUUUGAUUAGUCAUGUUUGUUAUUCAACUUUAAAAAGAAAGAGAGAGAGAACAAACUGCUUUUUGUUCUUGCAGGUUUUGUAAUCUCGUUGGGAGGACUCACCCUGCUGUGUGUGCUUGGCGGACUGGGCAUGCUAUCACUGGCGGUGUCUGGAGUGCUCAGUGUUUGUUACAUGUCUCUUACUACUCUGCUCAGCUACUGGCCCACUCCAGAGUAAGUGUCCACAGACCCUAUCAUGAGGAAUUGUGUUUCUGAUAUACUGUACUGUAAUAGCAAUUAUAAUUUUGUUAGGGCAGGAGGCAUUUAUUUUAGAAGUCAUUCAGACAGACUUUUCUGUGGGCAGUUGCCUCACCUUGCCUCGUGACUGGGCCAGCCCUGUCCUGGGGGUACUUAAGUUAAACCCAUUAUGUGUGGAGGAAGUGUAAAUGAGCACUCCCAUGGCCCCCAUCUUACCUUUUUUGUGUGUCAUUUGUACGUUGCGCACCCUGCCCAUAUAUAAGUAAUGCUAUUACCAGAUCUGCUUGUGUGUGAAUCUGUACCUGGCAUGCAUGUUUAUGAAAGCAACCCUUGGGGGAUCUUUCCUGGAGAAAACUGUGCUCCAUAGAUGCCAUUGCAGUAGACACAAUUACCUUAGGUAUGCCACUGUUGCCUUGUUUAUUUGGGGAAAUUGGCAAGGAACAACAAAUGCCAAUCUAUGUGAAUAUAAUGUUCAUUUUCAUAAAAAUGGUGGACAGCAAUCAAAAAGGCUUUGCAGCUUGAAGCCCUGGUUCAGAAAGAUAGAAUAGCAAGCUGGUUCAUUGUUAUAAAUUACACAGGCUACCCAAACUAACAUUGCCUGGACCAUAAGUUGAAAUAGUUUCUAUUAAUGAUAUGGAGAUAGCUGGAAAAAACCCCUGUGUGGCAUGUAAGUGAGCAGUAGGGAACUAGACAGAAAGCAGUGGAUACCUGAAUGCACAUGGGGGAAAAACUCAAAUACAAUGAGCAGGGUUUGAGCAAGCACAUUAUUGCUUAUUAAUGCUAUUUAAAGACAUCUUAUUACAUUAAAUAUGGUAGAGAUACUGGGGAAUGGUUAGCUUGCGCACAUCAUCAUUCCUCACAUCCACUGUUGCGAGGAAUCUCCCUGUAGACCAGUUACUAUAGUCAUGCUAUUUGGUGGGGACCUCUGGAGCUUCCCCUGCUAUAAGUUACUUCAGAUACCACUGCCUCCUCUGAUUCCUUGUAACAGCACCAUGCUCAGAGCAGAGCCAAACUAAACACUUAAUUCCCAGGCAUGUACAGAGUUCCAGUUGAACAAUGAUUCUUAGAAAAAGUAGCUGCUCUUAAGCAAUCUCAGGCAACAGUGCUUUGACACACCUCUAAAAGACCUUGAGUAGUCACUACUGGUUUGAAUAGACAGUACUGCACUCAAUGAAGCAAUGGUCUGACAUAAUCUUUCUCCAUAUAGUCAUUCCCAUCUUGCUCUAAUCAUACGUACACUCCAGCUGUCCCUGUUUUCCAGAAAUGCCCCAGGUACAGACCCCUGAUAAAUCAUUAUCUGUAUUUUCCCUCUUGGGGUGCCUUUUCAAAGACAUUAGUCUGCAGGCUUCAGCCCCUCCAUCCUAGGUCUCUAGAAGUGAAAUCUCUUAAGUGUGUGUAACUAAUGCGCACGCACGUAACAGCAUGAGCGUGAACAUAAAGCACACUGCAGGCUGUUCCAUGCUACUAAAGCUCAGCUGGAAACUUGGAUGGAAUUGAAAAGAGGUUUAGACAUAUUCAUGGAGGAUAGGGCUAUCAGGAUGCACUGUAGCAUUCAGAGGCAGUAUGUCCCUCAGUGCCUUCUGCUGGGGAACAAGAGCAGGAGAGAGUGAUGGGUCUCCUACCUUGCUUCAGUUAAGUCCACUGAACAGUAUUUAGCCUUCUGUUCUUCCACAUAACUGAGUAUGUAGUCAAAAGUGAGUCAGAAUGAUUGUAAGGAGAUAGUAACUUCUGUAAGGGCCUAGUCAGAGGUUCUGAAGGCUUGGUAAGAGAGCCUUUAGACAAGGUUGCAUCCUGUAUCUUUUUAAAAAUGGGAUUGCAAUCUUGCACUCAGUACACAGCUAAUGAAGAAGCACUAUGUAAGGGGUUACAUUAUAGUGCCACCAUCAGCCUGCUUUUGUUACUGCUAAGCUGUUUAGGAUUGCAUUUGCUCUUGCAGCAGAGAGGAGAACAGAAUACAGUGGUACCUCAGGUUAAGUACUUAGUUUGUUCUGGAGGUCCGUACUUAACCUGAAACUGUUCUUAACCUGAAGCACCACUUUAGCUAAUGGGGCCUCCUGCUGCCGCCGCACCACCAGAGCACGAUUUCUGUUCUCAUCCUGAAGCAAAGUUCUUAACCUGAAGCACUAUUUCUGGGUUAGCAGAGUCUGUAACCUGAACCGUAUGUGAGCUGAGGUACCACUGUAGUAGUAAUAGCAAUAGUAAUAGUGAUAGUAUAAAUAAAUAAAUAAAUUAUACUCCGCCCACCCCAGCCACUCUGGGCAGCUCCCAACAGAAUAUUAAAAACAUGAUGAAACAUCAAACAUUAAAAACUUCCCUAAACAGGGCUGCCUUCAGAUGUCUUCUAGAAGUCAGAUAGUUGUUUAUUUCCUUGACAUCUGAUGGAAGGGUGUUCCACAGGGCAGGCACCACUACCAAGAAGGCCCUCUGCCUGGUUCCCUGUAACCUCAUUUCUCGCAGUGAGUGAACCGCCAGAAGGCCCUCAGAGCUGGACCUCAGUGUCGGGGCUGAACAGUGGGGUUGGCAAUGCUACUUCAGGUAUACUGGGCUGAGGCUGUACGCUGCUUUAAUCGCACAGUAAAAAACUACAUAUGUAUGUUACCAGUUGCAAUACUCAGUGCAGCUGCCAUGUCAAGAUCUGAACCUUUGGUUUGACCAGCGUUAAGCACCAGAACUCAUGAACUGAAUUACAUGUCAGAUGUACCCCAGUGCUCCUUAUUAAUCUGUUUCUACUUGGUGCUUUGCCUUUAGCCUACUAAGGACAUACAUUCUGCUGUCAUGGUCAUUGCUGCAGAGCCAUCUCUCUUGACAAGGAUACUUCUGCUUACGAAGCCUAAGGCAAUCAUGCCACACAAAUAGGGAAUCAUACCUAAAGUUGAAACUACUUUUCAAAAUGAUACUGCUAAAAUGGCAUUGUCAUCCCUCUCUCGAAGCCAAAAUAGGUGACAUUGUCCUCUAUUGAAAAGCGUUUUGAAGAUCAUUGGGUACAUCUUAGGAGAGACAAUAAUGAGAAUUGUUCUGGAAAUUCUGAAUAAUAAGCAUGCUAACCUAUGGUGCUUGGAUUUGUGUGAGCCAUGAAAUCAGAAAUCUGAAGUGUUGUUUUCCCCUCUCUUCUCUCUCCUUCAGCAGUCUGUCAAAGAAAGAAAUAGCUAACGGAAGCAGGUUUCUGCCCAGCAACCCUCCUGCCUUAGACCAAGAUGAUGCUAAUAAGAAGACUGAAUAAAUUUGACUGGUGCUUCCAAACACUUCCAAGAGCAGCACUUUUUAAAAAAUGCAGAUUUUUGAAGGAAUUGUUACAUUUUCAUGACUACUUGCCUGUCAGAAUGCUCAAGUCUUGGUUUCUGGGAUAGUAGUGAUAAGAACAGUGAAUAAAUUGGAUUGGUGCUUGAAAUUGCAUCCUUCAGUAGCACUUAAAAAAUACAGAGUUUUGAAAGAACUGUUACAUUCUUGAAAUGUUUACCUGUUAGAAUGGUUUAUUGUUUCUGGAACCUGGAGACCAGUUUUCCUUCCGGUUGUCAUAAUGACUGAACUAUCAUUAAAUGUGUUGUCAUGUGCUGGACAACUCAUUCACUAUAGAACAGAGUCCCAUUCUCUUCCCCCAUGUUUAUCUCCCAUGUAGGUCAGUGGAUAUUUUGUGUGAGAGGGAGUACUGCUGGUCUUACAGCUUGUUCAGCUUGGAGCAUGAAACCCUUCUAACUAACAGGAAGUAAAAUUCAACAGUGCUGGUAAUAGUACUUUUUUGAAUGUGGAAAAAGACAUUCAAGCCUUUAAAAAAAUCUUACAACACGCAUUGUGAUAAUUGAGCUAGUACCUUAUCAAAGAUACAGGUGGAAAACAAGUAGUUAAAGGGCGUAUCUCUCUAUGAGUGUGGGUUUUGUUUUUUAAUAGCUUGAGCACUUUUGUUGUGUUUUAAAUUAUUCAGAAGUGAUAUGCUUCUAGUUUGGUCUUUCUCAUGUUUUCCAGAGGUUUGGGGCUUAGCAGAAUACCUGACAGUUACGCAUUGUGCCUUACUUUAUGUGAGUGUUUCAAAAUUAAUGUAUUUCAGACCAGGUGUUUUCAUGCCUGCUCAAACAUUUUUUUUAAUAAUAGCAACACUUUUGCUGUCUUGCCUAACUGGUAAUGCCAUUGUAAGACAUACUUUGCCACUAAACAGCUACUUGUUUAUCCAACUUGUCUCUGUUUGCCU